UUGUUUGAAACUCAUAUUUCAGAACCGAUGGACGAUGAUGGCGAUAGUGACUUGUAUUUGGAAGACGUUGUCGAUGGAUAUCACGGCAGGAAAUGCGUCUUCAGUUUGUGGAUUUGCGACGUUCACAACAUGAUUUACGUUAAGAAGUUGAAAAAGUACUACUUCCAAGGAUGGCAUGUUCCCAAUGUAAAGGUUUUCGGCCAUAUCCUCUCAGCUGUGCCUUUCGGUAAUAGCUCCAAAACCUACAGGUAUGAAGUGGAUGAUGGCACAGGAAAGAUAAUCUGCAUCUACAAUCACGACUGGCAACUGAAUUCUCUCACCAAUCAAGUCAUCGAUAAAGUAGUUGCUGCCAAUAUGGAAAAAAAUGCUAGCAAUCACAGACAAGCAACAGGAGUAAAAAGAUUGAAAGUUGCUCAUAAUAUUGCAACAAACGUAAGCAAUCACAGACAAGUAAAUGGAGUACCAAGUUUGAAAGUUGGUUCUAAUAUGGCGUCAGCUGUAAGUAAUCACAGACAAGCAACAAGUUGUCUAGUUGCUUCUAAUAUGGCAACAGAUGUAAGAAAUCACAUGCAAGCAACUGGACUACCAAAUUGUAAAGUUGCUUCUAAUAUGGCAACAGAUGUAAGAAAUCACACGCAAGCAACUGGAGUACCAAAUUGUAAAGUUGCUUCUAAUAUGGCAACAGAUGUAAGCAAUCACACACAAGUAACAACAGGUGAAGUUGUAUCUAAUAUGGCAACAGAUGUAAGAAAUCACACACAAGCAACAGGUGCAACAAGUUGUCUAGUUACUUCUAACAUGACAACAGAUGCAAGCAAUUACAGACAAGCAACAGGAGUAACAAGCUGUGAAGUUGCUUCUAAUAUGGCGACAGAUGUAAGCAAUCAAAGACAAGCAACAGCAUGUGAAAUUGCUUCUAAUAUCGCAACACAUGUUAGCAAUCACACACAAGCAACAGGAGUAACAAGUUUUGAAGAUAUAUCUAAUAUGGCAACAGAUGUAAGAAAUCAAGCAACACUAUGUGAAGUUGCUUCUAAUAUGGAGACAGAUGUAAGCAAUCACACACAAGUAACAGGAGUAACAAGUUAUGAAGUCGCUUCUAACAUGUCAACAGAUACAAGCAAUUACAUACAAGCAACAGGGGUACCAAGUUUGAAAGUUGCUUCUAACAUAGCGACAGAUGCAAGCAAUCUCACACAAGUAACUGGAGGAAGAAGUUGUGAAGUUGCUUCCAACAUGGCAACAGAUGUAAGUAAUCAGAGACAAGCAACAAGUUGUAGAGUUGCUUCUAAUAUGGCAACAGAUGUAAGCAAUCACACACAAGCAAGUUGUUCAGUUGCUUCCAAUAUGGCAACAGAUGUAAGAAAUCACACAGGGGUAACAAGUUGUUCAGUUGUUUCUAAUAUGGCAACAGAUGCAAGCAAUCACACCCAAGUAACAAGUCAUGAAGUUGCUUCUAACAUGGCAACAGAUGUAACCAAUUACAGACCAUACGCUGCUAGUAGUACAGAUGAGGCUAGGAAAAGAUUGAUGGAUUUUCUGAGCGAAAGAGUUGCAAGGGGAGGUGCCAAGGUAAGGAGUUUAAUUAAGCAGGGCGAUGUUGUCGUCUUCACCGGCACAGUUCACAACUACAGCGGUGAGCGGGAGAUCUGGGCCAAACAAGUGAAGCGGGUCACCUGUCUGGACGAAGAGACCGGCCUCAUCUUGCAGUACAACGAGCUCUACAAACGAUACAUGGAGAGAGCUCAGAAACAGAUGGCUAGAAUCAGCGAAAUCAAGAAGAAGGCCAAGUGACACCGACGCAUGUUGUUUUCUGAAGUCGACCAUUAUGGUCCUGGAAAAUAAUAUAAUAUGAUGUGAAACAAUUUCUCCAACUCUCAGAUGUAACUGGUAUUAUUAAGCGCUUGAUAGCUGAUUUGUAUUCAAAUCCUAUUGAAAGGUUGUGGAGAACCUGACUUCAAAGGAGUAUCCUACCUACCUAGGAACUCACUGCUACCUGGAAUCUUGAAUCUCAAAGUCAUCUGUUAUUCUAUGAGGAAGGAUUGCGAGGCAGCCUUAGGAAUCCUUAGCUGUUUUUAUUAGGAAAUCAAAUCAAAUAAUUUAUUUCAUUAUUAAAAUAUACAUCCAAAAAAUCAAUAUUUAAAUAAUACAAUGUGGAAAUAUUCCCAAGGUUUAAAAACGAAAUGUUGAAACGAGAAUAGGUUACCCUCAUAAUUGAAUUUAUGAUUUCAAACUUUCAUCUUUUUUAUUUUUGUCAUCCAUUUAUUUUAUCCAUUCAUUUUUUAUAUUUGUAUAUUUUGAUUUAUUCAUUAUUAAAUUUCAUGUUUUGUUUCAACCGUUUUAUU